CUUCGCCAUUGCAGUGCCGCUUUCGCGAGCUUCAAUUUCAUAGAAAAACUUGGGCGCUUUCUGAUUGUGGCUCAAACUCCUAGUGGUUCGUGAAAUCCCCAUCAUUGAAUUCACUCUGUUUAAUCCUUUUACACCCUUCCGAUCUUCCUUUGAUUCUCUAUUCACUGAUUCACCUUCUUCUUCUCCUAUUUUUCUGUCGAUCCCCAUGGAUCUACAGCUUCUUGAAACUGCCAGUUCCGGAUGGCUUCUCAUGCUCCGCCGCCCUACGUUCGUCAUUGAUUUGCUCAGCAAUGGUGGAUUCUUGAAGAACAAGCAAAUCACUGUACAGUCGUCGAUCGUCAACCCUAUAAAUUUGCGUUUCCAUUCUCGUGCUGCUAGUUUCACUACUAAUUUCGCCGCCAUGGAUCGGUUCUUUGCUGAAGCAACUAUGUUGAUUACUUGCUUGUUCGUCAGUACAUCCCAGAUCUGCGAGUUCGUGGCGACUUCAGGGGUUGGGAUGAGGCCGUAAUCCUUGAGGCAAAAAUCUCCAAAGGAUCUUGACAUGGCGAGGCCAGGAUAAUCUGCAUCUGGUACCCAUACUCUGAAAAUAUCUGGUUCUUCUUUAUCUGCUGUGAUUCUCCCCUGGCAUUUCUUUAUUCUUUCUGCUUCGCCUGUUUCACAUUCAAAACAUAAUACUCAAGAUUAAUGGAUAGAUACCAAAAGGUCAUAGGUUCAAGUUUUCACACUUUAUUAGAACCAAAAAGAAAUUGAUCGAUGCCCAAUGGAUCGAGUAUAAUUCAAUUGGUUAUCACGUUAUAUCUUCAACUAAAAGUUCGUAGAUGUUGAGGAUUGUUGAGAGAAAGUCCCGCAUUGGCUAAUUAAGGAAUAUAUCUCACCAAAAAGCGCACAGCCACGAGAGCUUAUGCUCAAAGUAGACAAUAUCAUACCAUUGUGGAGGUCCAUAGUUUCUAACAUGGAAUUAGAAUCAUGCCCUUAACUUAGCAAUGUCAAUAGAAUCCUCAAGUGUCGAACAAAGAAGUUGUGAGUCUUGAAUGUGUAGUCAAAAGUGACUAAAGUGUCA